AUGAGUUCUAGGGAAAUACGCGGAUCUUCGAAGGAGUUCGAGUCGCCGGGCCAAUUCCUGGACUUCCAUGUCUACAGGCACAUGGAAGACGAGAGGCAGCUGGAUGACGUACGCGAACAGGUAACUGUACCGAAUUGUCGGUGUUUUCCGUUAGUUUUAUAACGGUACCGCUUUCUGUAUGUCGUGUUAGAUGCCAUGGGGGGACCUAUUAUGGUAAGAUGUGGUUAUGUUGCUCCACCUGAGGGACAAAAUGUUGUUGGAGAUAUGGUUAGGGUUGCGGAUCAUGAUAAGGGGUUAGGGAUAGUGGUAAGGGUUAGGGGUUAGGGUAAGGGAUUAGGGUUAUGGGCUGGUGUUGGGGCUAUGGUUAGGGGUUAGGGCAACUAUUUCUCAACCAAUCAAAGUAUAACUGCAUAUUCCCAGCAGCUUUUAUUUUGCAUACAACUACUUGAUCUAUUCGCCUGUCUGUUACCCGGUCCCAGAUGUAAAAACCCCUAUUACCACCGAUCCAUAUUACAGGUGUCUGGGGUCUGUUUACUUCAGGUGAGGCUACCUAACCCCAUUUGGCCCCUUUUAUUUGCCCGACAUUUCAGGUGCCUUACAGCGAUAUCAGUUGAACGUAUAUUUAAGCAGCACUGUAUUUUCUUUACCUAGGCCUUGCAGUUAGCCUUGUGCGUGUUUGUGAGGAACGACCGGCUGGUGGACUGCAAGUCAGACUCAGUAGCUUCUCUUGAGCCAUGCCCCUAUAGCACUCUUGUAAAUGUGAGAUCAUAACCGCUAACCGCCUUUGGUGCGAAAUCCCGGCGUGUAGUGCAGGAGGUCAGGUCAUGUGUGUGGCACGUGCAGACGAACUGUCCAGCUCUGUCGGCCACUGCGCCCGAUCUCUGCAUCAGAUAACUGGCCGGCUCGGCAGUGAACUGAUGGCUGGGAGAGGAAAGAGUGAGUGAAGUUGAUUCUGGGGACUCUAUUCCCACAGCGGUCAGCACAUUCCUCACCAUAAACAAGCUGGCGCGCUCUUAGACUAUCACGGCACAUUAGAAACCGUGGUUUGAAAGGUAGUCAACCGACGAGAUAAAUCGGUUCUCCUCUCAGGAGGCAGAAUCAGGAGAGCGCAAGUCUACCAUCACUACAAACCAGUUCAUUCGAAAGUCAUUCUCCCUACACCCUCCUUGCUGCGGGGCACACGGUGGACAUCGUCGGUAACGACGGCCGAACUGUCAUACUGUUUUAUCAGGAUAUUUCCACAUGUUCGGUGAUAUUAUUAGCUCGUUGCCGACAGCCACCACGGUCAUGUCUGACGUCCUAGUUCAAGGACCCGUUGCGUCGAGGUUAUUCGCCUUCUCAGAGAACGGUUCCAGACGCGCUGGCCUACAGCCACUCGACCGACUUCAACUCGGACACAUAUGCGUCCACAGAGUCGCAGCCGUCCAGGCACACCGCUUCCCCCGUGCGAAUACAACACAAGCAAUUUGAAAACUAUCCCUCGACAAAUCAACACACACCAAAUUGACACCACUUCAUAUUGCUCCACAAACUUGCGAAAGCAGCUGCCUCCACUGUCUCACAACCCUCAAACAUGACUGGGCGCAGUCAACACUGGCCCUGACUUCGUCAGCGACCACUGCCGCCUGAGAGGACAACUCGGGGUUCUGUUUACCGUUAACUCCUAAGUCUGGUGACUACUGUCUUUUCCUUACCAGGCUGGACUUGGCUUGAGGAUUGCAGUGCUCUGUGUAUACUCUCACCGCUUAGGCGCAACAAGCCUUCCCAUUGCGGACAUUAUGCUCAGCAUCACCUUCUUAAGUCACCUGCCAGUGUUUUCAACAGUUACUUUCGGGUAAAAUAAAAAAUAACCCUAGAAUUUUCUUUGAACCACCAGUAGAGGACAAAAAACACCUGCAAUGUGCAGGCGUGGGCGGACGUAUUCAAAAUGUUUGACAAGCCGGCUUGCACCCGUCCCCGAUAUUAGAAUUUUAAUGAUGAAUAUAGUCAGUCAGACUGAUGCCUGAGCCUGUUAGGAAAGAAGACUAUAUUGUCCAGUUGGUCAGAAACGUAGGUGUCGUAUCCUCCUGUACUGUGGACUGUGGUAGCGGCCCUGACUAAGAUUGGCAUUGACACAGCAUGUCCACUAAAUCGCACCUCCCUUCUGCUUAUUACCUGCAACCACUUAAUUCUAUCAAAAAAUUUUAUAGGUACGGACGCAGACCAAGGAGGUUAAUGAAAUAAAGAAGGCUCUGCUGCCACAGGUGUCUUCACGGUCUAAAACGUCCGAGUGCACAUACACUCCAUUCAAAUCAGUGGUUUCAAAGUCUGUGCAGACGACAGCUGAAACCCAGGACGCCGAGGUCGGUGUACAAGUUCCUGGGGCAGUCGCAGACAGCCUUUGGUCCUCUCCGCAUUCACCGCCAGACACAUGUGGGUCUGAAAAUGAGGCCAAUGAGGAACUAAUCAAGCCAACGUUCCGUGAUAAACGCAAAUACUAA